AUGUAUUGUCAUUGUCGGACUGUUAUAUGCAUCCUCCUGAUGUGUAUGGUGUACCAGAGCUGCUCUUCCCCUCUUGGCCACAGGGUGCCUUUCUCCAAUUCACUGCGACUAACACGCACUAUUCGCGCCUGUGUGCAACAACUGCUGUCUCGAUACAAACAACAGCUGUUUGGAGACGAGCUCUUUGAAUACAGAGAACGCAUGGUGCGCACACUACCUGCCGUCACUGUAAAUUACCGGACCUGGCUACACAUGAAGGAAAUUGAGCGUUUGCGUUUAGCCUCUCGCCAUCUCCACACCUUCUGGACUCACCUGGAGUAUCAGCGGCAGCAGCUUGAGAGAGAGAUGGAUCAGAUGAAAGACAGAAGAGAGCAGAGAAGAGACAAGCGAGGAAGGCCCCAGCCCACCUUAUGUCAAAGUUUUAAGGGUCUACAAAUAGAUCUGCGGGACCUAAUGAGACAAGUCAACUCUCAGUUGAUCAGUUUGAGUAUCAGACAGGAUCCUGAGUCUACAUCCACAAAAUCCCCAAUUCACUCUCCCCUGCACUCCACUCCAACUCUGAUUCCCAGCAUCCAUCAUUCCACAGCAAGCUCCACUCCAACCAGCAGUAAGAAGCUCCAGACUUCAUUUCACACUGACACUCCUCGCAGCUCCACACACUUUACCACAGAAUCAACCUCAAUGUCCUCCAACAUGAAGCUUCCAUACCGAGGAUUGACUGCAAAGACAGAGAGGACCUCUGUGGGUGUCACAGUGACCACUAGACCCCCAAAGUCCACUCAGACAUCAACAAUCUCUCAUUCCAGGGGAAGCCCACUCUCUGUAGACAACCACCAGACAACAGCUGGUUCUUUAGGGUCAUCACGAUGGGUUCAGCAUCUGAGAGGGUAUGUUAUACUGAGAGAUCUAGAACGGUACUUGAGCAGAUUGGCACGAGAUUACACAUUGCUCCAAGCUAAAUACUGACAAACACACAUAAGCCGUUAAACAAUUGAGGAAACAUCAAUAAAAAGCAAAAAACCUUGGGGGAAAAAAAGCAAAACUAAGUCUCACAUAACAGACAUGCACACUCUCACAUAAUUGAAUACACUAACAUUCAUAUACACAAACAACUUCACAGUGUCAAAGUUGUUGUUUACCUUGUUUAGAAACGGUUAUAUUUAUUAGAAUAAUUUAUGAGCUUUAUGUUUACUUCAUCAAGGCCAAUGAGAGGUACACACCUUGAGAUGAGUGUGAAUGUUUUACCUUUAGAUGAGAUUGUAUUUUGAAUUUUAUAUUUAAUAUUUUAUAAGCAUAUCCAUGUACUGGA